GCCAACUCCAGCCCAAAUGUCUCAGCUCCUGCCCAAAAACAUGCAUAUCCCAAAAAGGCAUUGGAAAUAAAACUCGUGACAGAGGAAGAAACAGGGGAGUUGAAGUCCUGAGCUAUAGGAAGGGAGAAACAGGCACACAACUGGCAGUGGAAAUCCAAGGCUGGGGAGAUUUUCCUAAUGUGAGCAAGUUUGUGAGAGGGGAUGUUCAGAAAUUAAAGAUCGUUAGAGUGCUAAAAAGAAAAAAAGUGGGGUGAAAUGGUAAGAACUCCUUAUUAAAAUGAGUUAUUUCACAAAACUAUUAAUUAUUCAAAAAAGGAACAUUUUCCAGCUCAUUUUAUGCAAGUUUAACCUUGGAGAUGGAGAGAGCACGUGGAACAGGGGCUCAGGCAGGAACUGUGAGAAGAAUCAGCCGUGUAACACUGGAUGAGCUUAGACUGGAUGGCACUUUUCACCAGUUCAUCUGCUUAAAAGCAUCACAAAGGUUUUUGCUUCUGAUUUUGUAUUGCUCAGGUGCAGAGAGAAGCAGAAUAUCUUUCUGUCCUGACAACAAUGAAGGCAUUCAAGUUAUUUAAUUUUUGCUUUCUGAUCCCGCUCAGUUCUUUACAAAAGACCUCGGGGACAGCAAAUCCCACCUCAUCAACUGAAUGUCAUAGAAACUUGAUUUCUUAUCAGUUUAGAGUCUCUGAGAUUAUUUAGGAGUGAGAAAAACAUGGGGAUAGAGAAUGUGCCUGUGUGGGAAGGAGAGAGAAAGAAAAUUACCAUGAAAAUGUGAGAAAGAAGUGUAAGGAUGAGUGGGGCACUGCCUCUCUGCCCCCUUGCUGUGUCCUCCCCUUGUCUGCAGUUUGAGGCCCUGCACCCAGAGGGAAUCUGUCCUGGAUGGAGCAUCGUGGUCAAGGGUGAGACCAGUUCCCGUUCAAGCAUGUUUGAAAUUAAUUUGCUCUGUGAGCCUGGAGACCAGAUCGCUCUCCACUUUAACCCUCGCCUCUCCAGCUCCAGAAUUGUCUGCAACUCUUUCCUCAACAGCCACUGGGGGCAGGAAGAGGUUAACAGCACCUUCCCUUUCAAGGCCAAGGAGCCCUUUCAGGUUGAAAUCUACUCUGACCAGGACUAUUUCCAUGUUUUCAUCAAUGAAAACAAAGUCCUGCAGUACCAGCAUCGACAGAAGAAUCUUUCAUCCAUCACCAAGCUGCAGAUUCUCGAUGAUAUUGACAUUUCUUCAGUGGAAAUCACCAAACGAGGUCUUUACUAGAGACCAGAGCUGGGACUCUCUGACAGACCAUUCUCCCUUAAGCUUCUGAUUCAGUUGUUUCCUCCCCAUUUCCACAUUCCACCCCCAGCCAGGGAGACAGCCAUGUGUCCUCACAGUGGAAGGGAUGGUCAUUGCCAUCACCCAGCCACAUUGCUGACCAUAGCCCAGCCCAUCAAAGACCUUCUGCCCCUGACCUUCAGGUGCACAACAGGCUUUGUAGGUCUGAUCAUCUUUGCUGCACAUCAAAAUCUGUCUUCAGUAGCCUGGACACCUGAAUGUCACCUUAGAAAUUGUGUUUGCUUGAGAGUAGGGUGUUCCUGAGCACCAGUCCUCAGCUGGGCACAUGGGGAAUGUGGAUGUUAGGGGUGGAAAGGGAUUUUUCUUUCCAGGAGCUGGGUAAGAAUGAUACCAGAUUUGCCAAUAAAAUCAACCAAGGAAAUCCCUGCUGAGGUAUCCCUCCCUGGGCAGAUCAAUCUCAUCAUUCAUUCCCUGCCAAUCCAGGCACCUGGCAUGAGCAAGGGUUGGUGACUGGGCAAGAGGACACUGUUGAGGGCAGUGUGAUUUUGGCUCUGGGAAAAUAUUGCUUUUCUUUUUGAGGGCUAAUGCAAAGUGAAGGUCCCUGGUAUGCAGAACAGUGUGAUAAGAUUCAGCUUGCCAGGUGUUGCCAGGAAUUCCUUUCACCAGCUGAGAGAUGUUUGCUCAGCCCUACUCCUGCCAGCUCCAGGCUUCUCAGGCAGACCCCAGAGUGAUGCAGUGUGUCAGAGAAGGGCAAGAGCUUGGGGAGACACAUAAAAGCACAUGGUUCCUCCACCAUGCACCAGAAAUGCAGCUGGACUCCAAACAAAAGGAACUGAGUAAACCAGGGUCUAGAAAUUCUGAUAAGCUUGGAAUGAACAGAGUGUUUGGGGAUAAGCAUGGAUAGCCUCUGGCUUUUCUCUACUUUAUUGUUUUCUUUUCUCCCCUUUUUUAGUUGUCUUUCAAAACAAUCCACUUAUUCCUUGCACCCUUUUCUCUUUUCCAGCCUCUUCCUUGGAGCACAACAUAUAUGUGACUCCUUGACCAGCCCACAGCAGAGUAAAAGAUGUUCUUUUUACUUUGUUUUAAUUACACACAUCAUAAACAGCAUAAUGUCACAGUGUUAAAUCUGAGCAAGAAUUUAUUCCAAAAAUGCAAUUACAGCUGCCCCUAAUCACUUUUUUAUUCCCCACAUAUGACAGAACAGAUUCCUGAUGGAAAAGGCAAAGAUGAUCCUGCCUUGCCAGUCCUUUUCAUUGAGGAGAAAUCACUUAAUGAGAAGUCAGCCCUGAUCCAUCCUUGCCUUUGGAUGAGAUCUCUGAAGAUCUCUUUUCUCAGUGCUCAAAUUGGCCAUUCCCAACACUUCCUUCUAUUUACAGCUUCAGGGACUUGUGAGGAAGAGGUGGCUGUAGGAAACCACAACACAUGAUGCCAUAAACCUGACAUUCAUGAACCUGUUAAGAAGUUUGUGGUGUUUUUCCAGACUAUCAAGAGUACUCAUGGGAAACAAUCCUGCUCUUGUAGCAAAGGGCUCAUUGGGAACACAAAAUGGUGCCAAAUGGUACCUUUUCCCUCCAAAAAGAACAGAAAAUAUGUUUUGGAAAUGGCAGUGGUCUUAACAGCAAGUCAGGAAAGUUGGAGAUGGUGAGACUUCCUCUGGCCUGGAAUAAAUCCAUCACCACUGGGAUAAGAGAGUCGACUCAAAUUCUGGUUGUUCUGAUAUAACCCAAGGCUUUAACACACUUUGCUCUCAUGGCCAUGCCUUCAGCAAAACAGGCACAAACCCAGACAAAGCCAGGCCUGCAGGGAUCUCUGUGUCAUCCAUCUGAUAAUGCUGAGCAGCAUUUGAAAGAAAUUGUCCUUUCUAUUUGUGCUUUUUUUGGGGGCUGAUAAAGACAGAUCAUUUUUCAUGGAGGAAAAGUGACGAAAUGAUUUAUAAGGGUAAUACUUUGUACUUAUAUGGCCACUAGCUGCAUUCAUAGCCCCUGCUGCAGAAACACCCCACAAUUUCAUUGUUCCCCAGAAAUGAGCACAAAGGACCACAGACAGGGCAGAAACAUUUCAAGAACAAAUAAAUAAAGAGAUGCCACAAAAAUCA